AUGAUAGAAAUAUCAACCUUAUCAUUCCUUCCUUUGAUUUGUUCGUCAUCGUUAUUUAUUUUUAAUAUAAUCAUCGGAUAUUACUUUACUGCAGUCAGCCCGUUAUCAUUAGAGGCAUCAGCAACCAUCCGCUUAAGGAAGCGAAGAAACGUUUUGAACGACACUUCAACCGGCAUCACCAUACAUGAAGUAAGAAAAGAAAUCAGCAGACAGUUUGAACAACUUAUGCCCACCAAGUACUGUAAGUCAACUGAGAAAGUCUGUCCCGCAGGUCCCCCCGGAUAUCCUGGUCCCACUGGACCGAGGGGACCACGUGGCAGGAGGGGACCAAAAGGAAAGAAAGGUCCUCAAGGUCCCAUGGGACCUCCUGGAAAAUCCGGAAAAACAGGAAUAACUGGUCCUGCAGGACCGAGAGGAGAAAAGGGAGAUAAAGGAGAACCUGGGCCAAAAGGCAUGCCGGGACCACGUGGAAGGCCUGGAAAAUCGAUAUCUCCACCACAAGUGUUGCUGACGCCAGCAGAGCAGACACGAGAUGAGGGAGGAAAUACGGCAUUUUAUUGCACGGUCGCCGGAAAUCCUUCCCCAGUCUUGGAAUGGCAAUUUAAGGGCAUCAAGCUUCUGUCCGGUGCAAAGUAUUUGAUUAAAGAAGGAGAGUUGAUCGUUAGAAAUCUGAAUUACAGCGAUGCUGGGCCGUACACAUGUGCUGCUAGGAACAUUCUUGGAUCGUCCGAGGCCACUGGUAACUUGUCUGUUCGAGGUGAGAGAAGCAUUUCAUUCUUGAGGUUUGUUGUUGAACGGCGCAUAAACAUGUCAAGAAAACUAUACGAUGAGAAGGCACACUGACAGAACAUCAUCCUCACCUGACCUUUAUUUUGACACGCUUUCAGAAUUCGGUUAAGGCUUUAGCAGCCGUCAGACUACGACUUCUUGAAAAUACCCGUUAACAGAUUUGCCAGCCAAUAACUAAUUGGUUUCAUCGCUCCAUUUCUUUUCUGUUAUGCAAACAAACAUUUCUUGUACAAAGUUUCCCGGAAAAGAAAGCAUCUAAUUUUUUCAUUUUUCUCAGUUGUAAUCCUGCCAUUCCCCGAAGGUUAUUUCUUAGAAUGUCCUGUGCAGGGAGCCGACUCCUUGCUAAAGGGGUACCAUUUUGAGGCUUCAGGUAUAUGAAAGGGUCCGUGUUUUACUAGUUGAAGUAUAAUAGUGUUGGGAAAUCUGUCAUUUCGGUCUGAAAAAAGAUCUAAAAGGACUAGCGCAAAGAUGUUAUGGCUGUGAAAAAGUCGAGAAAAUUUUCUGCUUUUGUGAUUUAUUCACAUUUUAAAGACAGUGCGUUGAUCUCCCAAUCUCGUAUUUGAAAAGGGCAAACUUUUCUGUUGAAAAUUACAUAUAGUGUUGGACCUCUGGGCGGAGCCUCCCAGUAUAACACUUUGAAGAGUACCCCCCCUCCUUCUCCUCCCCGGUGUCGUCCAGUAGUAUUUCAACCUGAUAUUAAUUAUUUUUUCAGGUCUUCCAAUAUUCACAAAAGUUCCACCUUUACUUGCUGCACCGGUACAAGGCACUACAUUCCAAGUAACCUGUAAAGCUGAAGGCUAUCCUCGUCCCGUUGUAACCUGGACUAGAGCAGCAAUGCCUUUACCUGCUGGAAAAACGAAAAUAAACCAAGGCACACUUACCAUUAACAACUUGAUUCCUGCCGACAACGGUUUGUACGACUGUGUAGCUACUAACAUCAUUGGAACAAAGAAAGCUAGAGUCAACGUGGCAGUGCAGCGUAGCUCAGCUGCAGGUUUGUCUUAGGCUGUAAGGUCCGCACAGACAUAAAUUAAACAUUUAGUAACAUAAACAUCAGGCCCCAGUUGUUCAAAAGCUGGAUAGCGCUAUCCAUCGGAGAAAUCACUAUCCAGUGGAUAAGUAUUAGGGAAACCAGUUGCACUAUCCACUGGAGAGAGAUUUAUCCGCUGGAUAGCGCUAUCCACGUUUUGCCCCAACUGGCGCCUGGUGACCUUUGUUAAAGGUCACAGAGAUCGCAAGACCAAGGGUUCCUGAAUCCUGUUUAAGACUACUUUAAUAGGCUUAGCUGACUCAGACUACAGUGUAUACUUAAGUGGAAUGUAAAACAUAUAGGACCGCCGUUGGUGAUGGCCUUUUAUUCAUUGUUAAAAAGCAGUGUCGUUGUUAAAGGCUGAAUAUGCUCGUGUAGCAAUUGUUUAAAGGGAAAGGAGGGAAGCCUAUACUCGAGUCUAACGGAAGACGAUUUGAGAUCUAGAAUUUUCGGAACAUUUGUUGUAAAAUUUCUUGCUUGCCUGCUUCUGCUAGGAUUUUCGAACAUCUAAAAAAUGGUAUAAUUGCCAAUUUUUAACGGAUUUUUACCCUAAAAAGGUCACCUAGAAUUUUCGGGAGCCGUUUUUCUGGCUGGGAUUUUUGAAAAGUAAGUUUUGAUCCCUAUAAUUUUCGAGUCACUUGACUUUCAGCUAGGAAAUCCGAACAGAUGAAAAACUUUUAGGGGAUAAAAAUAUGCCUAUAUCUACCGUUUCGAUACUAAAAUACGUUUAACAAUACUAUGUUCAUAAUAAGUGGUUUUGAACUAUAUUUUCGUUGGGUGCCCCUGGAGAGUUCUUUUGUCACUUAGGAAAAGUCGAAUUUUUUUCCCCAGGUUUGCACGACUCUGUUAUUGUGGGAAACAACAAAAAUCACUUAACCUCGUUAAGCAACUGGCUUGCACCUGUCACAAAAAGCGUCAAUUCUCUCUGGAAACGCUGUUGGCGUGCAUCCGUGGACGGCUGGGCUGCGAGUACAUUUCACUCACGAUGUGACAGCAAGGGCCCGACUGUGACAAUAAUAAGGGUCGGGAGAUAUAUUUUCGGAGGAUACGCAAGUAUUUCAUGGGGUAAGUGAGCAUUGUAAGCCAUGGCAGUGGCAUCUAUACCUUUGACGUAAUCAGUUAGCACUGAUAUGUUCAGCUAAAAGAGCAGCUUGGUACUUAGCAAUAUGGAAUCAUGUGACUCUACCUUUCAUACAUGGUUAAGUAGUGGCGGACAAAGGUUCUAGGUUAAUAGCUCUAGAUGCGGGCCCAUUUCCCCUUGUUCCUCAAGGGGCGAGGACCGCCCCUCCUACUCUCACAUGGAGUGAAUGAGUGCCACACCCCCCCCCCCCUCUUCUCAAGUUCUGAUUCUGCAGAUGAUAAGUGAUGCAUUUCUAGCCUGUCAAGACGGGUCCAAAUUCCAGGCUAACACUAUUACAAUAAUAAUUUUUAGGUUAUAAAGUAUCGAUAUUGUUCUGACUUUCUUGCCUCCCUGCUAUCUUCCAUCCUUCAAUUACCAUAUUGCAAAAGAAGCGACUAACGUACUACAUCGCAAGUUUUUGGUGAAAUUCGCAAAUUUUGGCAAAGAAAAAACACGCUCUCUUGACAUGUCCACGUACGUGAUACACCAAGACGAAGGUUCAUUUCAACGAUCAAACUUUUGUAAUUUUGCCUAAGUGAAAUGUUGCGAAGAGGAUUCUUCUCUUCGGAUUCGAACGUACUUAAUAGACUGAAAUGGGUGACAGAAAUACAUAAUGUUUUAUACCUUUUCAAGGAUAAAGGCUCCUAAAACUCUUUAUUGUCUGUUUCCUUUUAUUGUCUUCUUAAUACAGUACCCUUAAAAUCAAACGAAGCAUUAAUUUACCAAUAAAAGUGUAUUGCGACAUGCACCAGUUCUUGUAAAAAAGAAGCUUCUAGCUUCGGUAAGUGGUAAAAAAGACAAAAACAGAUAAAUUUGGAGAUUUGCUCCAUAAAGUUAUAAAAGAACAUAAAUUAUUAAUUACUAAUUUUUCCCAGAUCUAUUGCUUGUAAUUGCAAAUCUUUUAAAAAUAACAUCUCCCACAGGCCGGCACCUUAGCCUCGGUGAGCUUGCAGCCACAUAAAACUUUCUCCUGAGCGGACGAACCACGCUUGCCUUUAGUACAGCUGUAUCUUUUACCAAAAUACCUGGACGUAAAUAAUAAUGCAAUAAAAUAAUAUUCAUACUAAUGAUAAUGAUGAUGAUAAUAAUAUUAAUAAUAAUAAUAAUAAUAUAAUAAUAAUAAUAAUAAUAAUGAUAAUAAUAAUAUUGAUAAUGAUAAUGAUAAUGAUAAUAAUAAAGAAGACAUAGAAACUGAUUUCGUUUUUGAUAAAUGACGAACGUUACUGAGAAACUCUAUCGAAUUUGUUUUAUGAGAAUAAGGUAUUUACUGUUUUUAAUUAACAAUAAUAAUAAUCAUCGUCAUCAUUAUGACAGGCACAAGGACAAUGUCGCUAACUUAUCUUAGAAAAGUUUUGUUUCAUUUCUUUUAGCUUCUGGUUCUGGCCGGUAUCAAUACGACUCAAAAGCCUUCUUAUUUUCGCUGGUAAACAAGCCAGGAUGGACGUCUGUCAAAUUGUCUCAGUCAGGGCAACAUAGUUCUAACAAAUGGUCCAUAUACUUUCGCUCAACCUACGGGCCUACAUUCGGAAACGGGUAUGACAUUCACAUAGACAACUACGCGUCAUCUAAUAGCAAUUCUUUCAGCAACCUUGGCCAUACGUACAGCCCACCGAGCGGGUACAGCUACCGCAGCACCUUCGCACGAACAUUCCUGGCAGGAACUUACAAGUUCACACCAGACGAAGUUGAAACCUUUUACGAAACAACCUAA